AUGAAGUUAUCCGCCGAGGGAAUCAAUGAAAUCCAAAAAGAUGCCACGAGAAUAAGAAAUAUUUGUAUUUUGGCUCAUGUGGAUCAUGGUAAAACUUCUUUGAGUGACUCUCUUCUUGCCACCAAUGGAAUUAUAUCUCAGAGAAUGGCAGGCAAGGUCAGAUAUUUGGAUUCAAGAGAAGAUGAGCAAACUCGUGGAAUUACUAUGGAGGCAUCUGCCAUAUCAUUGUACUUUAAAGUAUUGAGGAGGCAAAAAGAAUCUGAAGAUACCGAAACUAAAGAGUAUUUAGUUAACUUAAUUGAUUCGCCAGGUCACAUCGACUUCUCAUCUGAAGUUUCCACUGCUUCUAGGCUUUGUGAUGGUGCGGUGGUUUUGGUAGAUGUUGUCGAAGGAGUAUGUUCGCAAACCGUUAACGUUUUAAGGCAGUGUUGGGUUGAUAAACUAAAGCCCCUCUUGGUUCUCAACAAGAUUGAUAGAUUAAUAACAGAGUGGAAAUUGACUCCAGCAGAGGCAUAUGAACAUUUAAGAAGGAUAAUAGAGCAAGUCAAUUCUGUUAUUGGCUUAUUUUAUUCUGGAGAAAGAAUGGAAGAUGAUAUGAUAUGGAGAGAGAAAGGAGAGCUCGACGAGUUUGUAGAAAAGGAUGACGAGGACAUUUAUUUUAAUCCUGAAAAGAAUAACGUGAUAUUUGCUUCUGCAGUUGAUGGCUGGGCAUUUUCUGUAAACACAUUUGCCAGGAUAUACCUGACUAAGUUAGGUUUUUCCCAAACUGUGUUAUCUAAAACUUUAUGGGGAGACUUCUAUCUAGAUAUGAAAAACAAAAAGAUAAUUCCUGGGAACAAACUCAAAGCUGGAAGCUCUCUGAAGCAUCUUUUUGUCACUCUCAUUUUAGAGCAAAUAUGGUCCGUGUAUCAAUAUUGUAUAUUGGAAAGGGAUCAAACGAAGUUGGAAAAGAUUAUAACUAAGUUGGGAUCUAAGGUGAGCUCAAGAGACUUAAGGUCAAAAGAUCACAAAAAUCUUUUGAACUCGAUUAUGUCUCAGUGGAUUCCAUUGAGCCAUGCAGUUCUAGGGGCAGUCAUCGAUUAUCUUCCUGAUCCGAGGGCUGCGCAGCUGGAGAGAAUAGAUAAAAUUUUAGAUCAAUGUUAUUUUGAUCUUAUAGAGGAUAAGGAAAAAGAGACACUUUUGAAUUCUUCAUUAAUUGAUUCUCUAAGAUACUGUAAAUCGGCGAGUCCGGAUUUAAAUACCGUUGCGUAUGUUUCUAAACUAAUCUCAAUACCUGCUGACGAGCUACCAAAAGAUGCAGGUAAAGGAAGUGUACUAACUCAGGAGGAAUUAAUAGAAAGAGGAAAAAUCGCUAGAGAAUUGGCUAGAAAAGCGUCUCAAAUCACGGCUGACUCAUUAAAUUCAAAUGAUGAAUUAGCAAAUCCUCCUUCUAGUAGCAAUCCCUUUCAAUUUGAAUAUGAGGAGGACUUUGAGGAUGAUGAUGAUGAUGAUGACGAUAAAGAGAAUGUGGAUGACACAAAUAAUGAGGUUUUGGUUGCAUUCACUAGGGUUUAUUCAGGAUCCUUAUCGCGUGGGCAAAAAAUUACAGUCGUAGGCCCAAAAUACAAUUCAUCAUUACCCAAAGAUGACCCUACUAACGAGCAGCAAGUUUUCCAUGAUAUUGAAAUUCAAGAUUUGUUUGUUAUUAUGGGAAGGGAUCUUUUGAGAGUAGAUUAUGUUCCAGCAGGAAAUAUAAUAGGUGUUGUUGGGUUAGAAAAAGUUGUGCUUAAGAAUGCGACGUUAUAUUCUGAAAGGGAUGUUGAAAUGCCCUACAUAAAUUUUUCCUCGGCUUCUACGUUAAUCCAUAACAAACCUAUCAUGAAGAUUGCUAUUGAACCUAAUAACCCAAUUAAAUUAAGUAAAUUGGAAAAAGGUCUCGACUUGCUUGCAAGAGCUGAUCCAGUUUUUGAGUGGUAUGUCGAUGAUGAAUCGGGGGAGUUGAUUGUAUGUGUCGCAGGAGAGCUCCAUUUAGAAAGAUGCCUUAAGGAUUUACAAGAAAGAUUUGCUAAAGGCUGUGACGUGGUUGUUAAAGAACCCGUUAUCCCAUUCAGAGAAGGUAUCGCAAAUGAUAAGGUUGAAAAUAGUAGCAUUGCUAAUCUGGAUCCAUUACAUGAAGGAAUUGAUGUGGAUAUAGAUGUAGUACCUUUACCAGAAGAAGUUGUUCGGUUCCUAAUUGAUAAUGAGAGCACUAUUUCCUCCAUAGCAGAUUCUAGACGAGAGCUGCCAUCUGAAUUGGUGUCUUUAAAGGAAAGUUUAGUAAGAGUAUUGAAGGCCAGCGAAUUUAAGUUCAACUUUAAGGAUCUGGAGCAUCUUGUCAAUAAGAUUAUAGCUUUUGGACCAAAGAGAUAUGGACCAAAUAUUUUUGUUGAAAGCGAUGAUCUUAAUCUCUUUAAAUGCAUCUUUGAUGAUAAAAAGCAUGAGAGAAAAUUUGAAUACGAAACAAGCAUAAUAAAUGGCUUCCAGCUUGCAACAAACGAGGGGCCCUUAGCAUCUGAACCUCUUCAGGGAGUAUUGGUGAUAUUAAAGUCCUGUGAAACAUCAGAUAGUAAUGCAAUCGACAAGUCAAAUAAUUUUUCAGGUCGAUUGAUGACUUAUACUCGGGACCUCAUACACAAAGUUUUCCUAAGAAAAUCUCCUCGUUUCUUGUUGGCAAUGUACACUUGUGAAAUUCAAGCCUCCUCAGAGGUUUUGGGUAAAGUUUAUGCCGUUGUACAAAGAAGAGGUGGCUCCAUUAUUUCAGAAGAAAUGAAAGAAGGAACUCCUUUCUUUACGGUAGAAGCUAGGAUCCCUGUUGUUGAGGCAUUUGGAUUUUCGGAGGAUAUUAGGAAGAAGACUUCAGGAGCAGCUUCGCCGCAAUUGAUCUUCGACGGUUUUGAUGUAUUAAAUAUUGAUCCAUUUUGGGUUCCUCAUACUGAAGAAGAACUUGAAGAGUUGGGAGAAUUUGCCGAGCGUGAAAAUAUUGCACGCCGCUAUAUGAAUACCAUAAGGAGACGUAAAGGGUUGUUCGUGGACGAGAAAAUUAUCAGUAACGCUGAGAAGCAAAGGACAUUGAAGAAAGAUUAG